GGUUCUGCGGCUGCCCCGCCACAACAAGUACCCCGCCCGCAGCCGCGUCCUCCUCAGGCCCAGCCCUUACCGCCGCGGCUCCACGUCAUACCAGCCAAGCUCCAGGCCGCACCGCCUUUCCUGCAAGGCGUGCCGGAUGUAGCACCUCGCUAUGGACCCCUUGCCACCUCGCGCUGGAGCAAAGUGACCGGUCCUGAGAUGGUUUCUGGCAUGUACAGAUGAACAGAUGAAGAUGAACGAGCUGAGGUCUCGUCGGUUGGGGCAUGCGGCAUUGCGACCGGCGCUUUGGAGCUCGCAGCGUCUCGUGCGAGCAUCAAAAGACGAAUAGGGGCGACCUCGCUCCAGGUCUAGGACAGUGCUCGGGAGUGAAGAUGACGAUUGGGGCUAGCGGUGCACGACGCAGCAUUCAUAUCCUAAUCUGCAACACAGUGCGCUCGGCCUCGCAUUAUCACCGUCCGGGCCAUAACGCCGACCCCCGCUGCAGUCUUGGGUGCAUAGAAGGACGCGCGCUCCCCGCGGCUUCCCAUUCACACACCGGAUCGAUGUGGGCACAAGAAGUUGGCAGUCAUUGGUUUCGAGGCGGCGUCUUGCCCGGUCAUGGCGAAACGGAACUCCUGGAUGACCAUUCAGCGAACUGCUCAUCUUUCAUUCCAAGGCGGUCUGGACCGCAGUUUGCAUGGCGGUUGUCAUAUACCGUGGUUAUUGCCCUCGUCUGAAAAACAUCGUGAAGUGAUAGGCAAAUGCGCGGUGGAAAGUCUCGCUGAGCGCGAAGUCUAUGCUACAGCACGAGAUGCUACUAGAGCGGCGAUUUGCAAUUGGAGUGUGCGUGCCUGUCGCGAUCGUUCGAUUCUGCGAAUGAACGGACCAUGUGUUGCUACUCACUGAAGUCAAUA